UCCAGUCCAAACUCUUAUCUGCUGACUUGAAAAGUAGGACCUGAAAUUUCACCUAAGCACUAGCAUAGGCACUUCAAUUCAUCCUAUAAAAGCCCAUCCAAUGCCUUUCUUUUCCCUAUCAACUAGAGCUGAACAAUUUGAUCUACAGAAAUGGGGAAGAUAGCUCUUACUCUUUUGUUUCUUGUUGUUCACACGGCCAUGCCCUCCGCUCGGGCCAAGGCCGAUGACCCGAGAACGAUCAAGUCGUGGUACGAUGAGCUCCACCAAGCGAGGCCUAAGCUGACCCAGCUCCGCUUCUAUUUCCACGACACCCCCUCGGGAAAGAACCCCACUUCGGUCCAGGUCGCUCAUGCCCCGUUCACGAACCAAUCCGCCACCUUAUUCGGCCUCGUGAACGUCUUCGACGACCCCCUGACAGAAGGGCCCAAUCCGUCUUCAAAACCCGUGGGCCGAGCCCAGGGGCUGUACGCGUCUGCCGGGCUGGAAUCCCUAGGCCUGCUCAUGAACAUGAAUCUCGUCUUCACCGAUGAGAAGUACAAUGGGAGCACUCUGAGCAUCAUGGGCCGGAACGCGGCCAUGGAAGCCUACCGUGAGAUGCCGGUCGUCGGCGGGUCGGGUGUUUUCCGACUCGCCCGUGGAACAGCAACGGCGAGGACCCAUCAAUUUAAUGCCACCACCGGAGAUGCUGUGGUAGAGUAUAAUAUAAUAGCUAUGCACUAUUGAUUCGCAAGAGGCUGUCGUUAGUUCAUCUUAAUGCUCAGCGGCAUCGGUUCUCCAUUUUGUGGAGAUGGCCAAAACAUAGCCAAUGUGAUGAAUGA